GUAAAAAAGUCCUCGCCUGGGUGACGGAUGCUCAAAAGUUCAGAAGUUUUCCCAAUGCUUCCUUAAGCGGCCGGCGCGAGAGAGACUGAAAAAAAGGUGACGCGGGGCCCGGGAAGGCGGCCGGCGCGCUGCCCCCCGCCCCUGGUUAUUUGGCCGCCUUCGCCGGCGGCUCAGGGCAGAGUCUCCUGGAAGGCGCAAGCAGUGUGGCGAGAAGGGCGCCUUCUUGUUUUUUAGUUUUGGCUCUGUUUUGCCGUUCUCGCCUGGAAGUUGCUCCGCGGGUUCCUCCAAGGCCGUCUGCCGCGUCCUCGUCCGUCCCUCUUCCCUAGCACCGACCCCGAAGUGGCCAGAGGCGCCCCAAGAGCCCGAGAGAGCGCAGGGAGAGGCCGCGCGCGGCCGGCGGCUUCGGGAGGCGGCGGCGGCGGCCGAGCCGGACUCAGCGCGGCGGCCCGGCACCAGCUCUGUGGGGCCGGACUCGGACUGGGCAGCCGGCGCGGCGUGGCCGGCCUAGGGAGGGUGGGGGGCGGCGGGAGGCGCGGGGCGACGGCGGCGAGCGGGGGCCAUGCAGGCGCGCUACUCCGUGUCCAGCCCCAACUCCCUGGGAGUGGUGCCCUACCUCGGCGGAGAGCAGAGCUACUACCGCGCGGCGGCGGCGGCGGCCGGGGGCGGCUACACCGCCAUGCCGGCCCCCAUGAGCGUGUACUCGCACCCGGCGCACGCCGAGCAGUACCCGGGCGGCAUGGCCCGCGCCUACGGGCCUUAUACGCCGCAGCCGCAGCCCAAGGACAUGGUGAAGCCUCCCUACAGCUACAUCGCGCUCAUCACCAUGGCCAUCCAGAACGCCCCGGACAAGAAGAUCACCCUCAACGGCAUCUACCAGUUCAUCAUGGACCGCUUCCCCUUCUAUCGGGACAAUAAACAAGGCUGGCAGAACAGCAUCCGCCACAACCUCUCGCUGAACGAGUGCUUCGUCAAGGUGCCCCGCGACGACAAGAAACCGGGCAAGGGCAGCUACUGGACGCUGGACCCGGACUCGUACAACAUGUUCGAGAACGGCAGCUUCCUGCGGCGGCGGCGGCGCUUCAAGAAGAAGGACGCGGUGAAGGACAAGGAGGAGAAGGACCGGCUGCACCUCAAGGAGCCGGGCGGCGGCGGCGGCGGCGCGGCGGGCGCCGGGACCUACCACUGCAACCUGCAGGCCAUGAGCCUGUACGCGGCCGGAGAGCGCGGCGGCCACUUGCAGGGCGCGCCGGGGGGCGCGGGCGGCUCGGCGGUGGACGACCCCCUGCCCGACUACUCUCUGCCCCCAGUCACCAGCAGCAGCUCCUCGUCCCUGAGUCACGGCGGCGGCGGCCAGGAGACCGGCCACCACCCUGCGGCCCACCAAGGCCGUCUCACCUCGUGGUACCUGAAUCAGGCGGGCGGAGACCUGGGCCACUUGGCGAGCGCGGCGGCGGCGGCGGCGGCCGCGGGCUACCCGGGCCAGCAGCAGAACUUCCACUCUGUGCGGGAGAUGUUCGAGUCACAGAGGAUCGGCUUGAACAACUCUCCGGUGAACGGGAAUAGUAGCUGUCAGAUGGCCUUCCCUUCCAGCCAGUCUCUGUACCGCACGUCCGGGGCUUUCGUCUACGACUGUAGCAAGUUUUGACACCCCCGCCCCCUCCAAAGUCGAAGUGAAUAGAACCCUAAAGCAGGAACAGCCAAAAGAACCAUCAAUGAAAAAUCGAAACCAAAAAGAAAAAAAAAAAAGAAAGAAAAGAAAAAGAAAUCCAAUUUUUUAAAAAACCUUGAAAAACAUUCACCAAACCAGCAAACAGAAUCCUUCCAAAAAUUCAACUCACCAGCACAAAGAAAACUAUUUUCUUAAAAGAUUCAGAGCCACCUUCACUUUGCCUUAUCUAAAUAAACAAAACGGUAAACUAUUUUGUACAGAGACAGCAAAAUCAUGGUUUAUUAAAGGACAGUGUUACUCCAGAUAACACGUAAGUUUCUUCUUGCUUUUCAGAGAUCACGCUUUCCUCCUUUCUCUCCCAUUCCCCUGCCCUUCCCUUUCCUCCACCUCUCACCUGUAAGAUAUUUUAUCCUAUGUUGAAAGGAGGGGGAAAGUCCCCGUAUAUGAAAAUCGCUCUCUUUUUAUUCAUGGACUUGUUUUAAAAUGUAAAUUGCAAUAUAGUAAUUUAUUUUUAAUUUGUAGUUGGAUGUCGUGGACCAAACGCCAGAAAGUGUUUCCAAAACCUGACGUUAAAUUGCCUGAAACUUUAAAUUGUGCUUUUUUUUUUCAUUAUAAAAAGGGAAACUGUAUUAAUCUUAUUCUAUCAUCUUUUUUUCCUUUUUGUUGAACAUAUUCAUUGUUUGUUUAUUAAUAAAUUACCAUUCAGUUUGAAUGAGAUCUAUAUGUCUGGAUACUUUAAUACAGCCUUAAUUAUUAAGAAAAAAAAAGAUUUCAGAUUAAAACACUAGAAAUGACCUGUUCUCCUCCUAAAUAGCUGAAAAAUGGAGAAACCCUCUGACUAUUCCUUGUCAAAUUUCACGUAAAAGUCUCUUUUUGUUUAGAUUUUUUUUUUUUGCAGCAUCUUCUGCAAAAUGUACUAUAUAGUCAGCUUGCUUUGUGGCUAGUCAAAAGAUAUUUUCCUAAACAGAUCUGAGUUGGCAUAUACACAAAUAUAUUUUUUUCAGUAAGGACAGAACAUGAUCUGGAAAUUCUAAACCCAUGAAUCAGCAGUGGUGUUACCACAGUGAUACCUGUGUGUAGUAAUAUGUGAAUGUGCCUCCAGAUAUACACAGAUGAAUAUUUGUCUUGGUAUCACAUAGAAAAUCGUGAUGUCUGUUAUACAUCCCCAUAAGCCAAAUGCUGGAUAGAUAUUUUUCCUAUUAAUUUCACUCCUUUGUAAGAGGAAAAAUAAACCAGUUUUUAAAUGUAUGUAUAUAACUCAUCCACAUUUACAAUCCUUCACGUGUUACAUAGAAGGGUUGAUUUAAAAAUAUAUAUAUAUAUAUACUGUGGGUUGGAAAGGGAUAUUUAAUCUUUGGGAAACUAUUUUAGAAGAUAUGUUUGUAGAACAAUUAUUUUUUGAAAAAGAUUUAAAGCAAUAAGAAGGAAGGAGAGAAGAGCAGAACAUUUUAGUCUAGGGUGGUUUCUUUUCAAUCCAUUUUUUCUUGUUAAUUUACAGUUAAACCUAGGGGGCAACCCAAAUUGGCCCUCCCCCUUUGUAAAUAACCCAGGAAAUGUAAUAAAUUCAUUAUCUUAGGGAGAUCUGCCCUGUCAAUCAGACUUUGGAGAGAUGGCGAUUUGAUUACAGACAUUCAGGGCCUUUCAGUUUGUUUUCGAGAUAAUACAGUUUCCUGCUAUCUACCGCUCCUAUCUAGAGGCAACACUUAGCAGUAAUUGCUAGUGCUUGUUGUCAAAAUUUGAUCAUUGUUAAAGGAUUGCCGCAAAUAAAUACACUCUAAUUUCAGUCAAAAA